GAUUGCCAGUGUGGUGGGUAAUCAGUGUCUUUCACUUGCGUAAACGUUGGUGGACAAAAAAGUGCUCAAAACCCUCGGGAGAUCCACAAUUUCCACCCCAAAACUCUGCACAGUGACACAUAGGCAAGCGACAGACUACUUUCACCAGGAAAAAUAGUGGAAAAGUGCGGAAAAAUAGGUGAAAACUGGUGAAUUUCAACUUCUUGCCUCUCUUGUAAAUCCCACCACACACACAACGGCACAAGAGCUCCCCAUUCAACAUUUUAUUUUUCUUCUUCUUCCAAAUGCAUCAAUACAGUGAAAAUAUUGUAAUAUCCGUGUUCUCUCCGCCGCAUACAUCAUAAACAAGGUGUGGAGUUUUUGAAAAGCGCCAAGAAAAAUACCAUUGCUCAAGUCGUGCUGUUUGGCCUGUGUUGGUGCGCAAAGUGAAAUCUAUCUUGACUUUUGUGCGAGAGCUCUCAAAAGAGUCUCUUUUACUCUUUUUCACCUUCCUUCCACUCUUUUAUAGUUUUUUUUCUCUUUUCGUGUAACAAUUUAUAUACACGUCGUGAUUUUUUACAACCCCUUCGCGCGCACAGUGGUGUCCUUUUUUGCCCACUGGAUUCUUCUCAUCGCGCCCAUCAAAGUUGUGUGCUGUUUUCUCAUCUUAAUUUGUGCGAUAAUUGUUGCGCCUUUUUUGCGCCCACAAAACGUGUGUGUUUUUUUUGCUGACAAAAGGUGGAAAAGUGUGUGAUGGAAAUUGAGGAGUAGCGCCGUCCUUCACGCGGACGCCAACCAGAGGAGAGUCUUGUGAGACGAGAAAUGGAAAUUGAGUCUCGCAGCAUCUCACCACGACGUCAUCUUCAGGUUCAGCUGGUUUUUAUCUAGUUUUUGGCCUCACACUGUCAUCGUGCGCGCCGUGUAUUCACCUCUCUCCUCGGAUAACGCCAAUAUCUUCCUUGCCACUCUUCCACACACUCUCUCUCCGACACCCUCCGCAACUUCCAAUCCCCUGAGACUGUGUUCGGGGUGUCUCACGGUGAUUUAGUGCUAAAGUGGAGGCGCUUUUUGUGCGGAAAGGAGCGCAAGGUCUUCGUCAGAGGAAGCACUUGAAGUAGCGCGCUUACCUGAGUGAACGUGUCAAAAUGCUAAGGAAAUUGCAGAUUUAUCUCUUCUACACAACAUUUCUCCUCCUCGGACCAAUUGUAAAGCAGUGCCAAUGUGCUGACUUGGUGAUUGAAAUCACCGGAAAUCUGGGCCAAGACGACUCAUACUACCGUCUAGACUACUACCCACCGUACGGCAAUCCAGCGCCAAACACGACAAUCGCCUCACGUGACAUCGGCGACAGGAUACAAUUCUCGCACACGCUGCCGGGCACGAGAUACAACUUCUGGCUGUACUACACGAACGCCACUCACCAUGACUGGCUCACGUGGACUGUCUCAAUCACGACAGCUCCUGAACCACCAUCGAAUCUCUCAGUCUCCGUGCGAAGCGGCAAAACCGUCCUCAUAUCAUGGAGUCCGCCCACACAAGGCAAUUUUACUAGUUUUAAGCUGCGGGUCGUCGGCUUAUCAGACGCCACAAAUCGCACAAUCCCCAUUGAGAACAACUCCCUGCAGUAUGCACUGAAGGAAUUGACUCCGGGUGCAACAUAUCAAGUGCAAGCGUACACGGUUUUCGACGGGAAGGAAUCUGUUGCAUACACGAGUCGCAAUUUUACCACAAAACCAAACACGCCGGGCAAAUUCAUUGUUUGGUUUCGCAAUGAGACAACGCUGCUGGUGCUGUGGCAGCCGCCCUAUCCCGCGGGCAUUUACACGCACUACAAGGUGUCAAUAGAGCCACCCGAUGCCCUCGAGAGCGUGCUGUACGUGGAGAAGGAGGGCGAGCCGCCGGGACCGGCGCAGGCAGCCUUCAAGGGUCUCGUGCCGGGCAGAGCCUACAACAUAUCAGUGCAGACGAUGUCUGAGGAUGAGAUUUCACUGCCCACAACAGCCCAGUAUCGCACAGUGCCGCUGCGGCCGAUGAACGUUAGCUUCGACUGGGCGUCAAUCACGUCCAACUCCUUCAAAGUGAUGUGGGAGGCGCCAAAGGGCAACAGUGAGUUCGACAAGUAUCAAGUGUCCGUGACGAACUCGCGACGCCAGCAAUUUGUCCCUCGAACCAGUGACAGUGUGGCAUGGCUGGAAUUCCGUGAGAAUCUCGAGCCUGGCAAGUCAUAUCAGGUUGUGGUGAAGACCGUGUCUGGCAAGGUGACUUCGUGGCCGGCAACAGGUGAUGUGACACUCAAACCACUGCCGGUUCUCGGCCUCAGAUCAUUCACCAACGAAAAGACCGGCCUCGUCACCAUCACAUGGGAUCCCGAUCCGAUCAGCACGCAGGAGGAGUACAAGAUAAGUUAUCACGAAGUGGAGAUCUACAACGGCGACUCCAGCACCAUGAAUACCGACAAGACAACAUAUCCCCUCGAGACUCUCCUGCCAGGCCGAAACUACUCCAUCACCGUCCAGGCAGUCUCCGCCAAGGUUGAGUCCAAUGAGUCCACCAUCAGUGUCGUCACACGACCAUCCUCACCAAUCAUCGAGGAUCUGAAAUCCAUCCGCGAAGGACUCAACAUCAGUUGGAAGAGUGACGUGAAUUCACGACAGGAGAAGUACGAAAUCAUGUAUUCACGCAACGACACAGGCGAAGUGAAGACAAUUCUCACCACCGAAUCCCGGCGGGUCAUCAAGAAUUUGCAUCCUGGCGCUGGAUAUGAGAUUAAAGUAUUUGCUCUGAGUCAUGGACUACGCAGUGAACCUCAUGCAUACUUCCAAGCUGUCUAUCCAAAUUCACCACGUAACAUGACAAUUGAAAAAGUGACAAGCAAUUCCGUUCUCGUGCGCUGGAUGCCGCCAAUUCAGAGUGAGUUCAGCGACUACUCAAUUCGCUACCGCACAGAGAGCGAACGCCAAUGGAUCCGCUUGCCAUCGGUGAAGUCAACAGAGGCUGAUGUCACUGACAUGACGCCGGGUGAGAAGUACACCAUCCAAGUGAACACCGUGAGCUAUGGCGUCGAGAGUCCCAAUCCGCAGCACGUGAAUCAAACUGUCCGGCCAAAUCCCGUGUCCAACAUCAUUCCUCUCGUCGAUUCCACAAACAUCACACUCGAGUGGCCACGACCAGAAGGACGCGUGGAGACGUACUUCGUGCAUUGGUGGCCUGUGGCCAAUCCCGAUCAGGUGCACACGAAGAAUGUCUCUGAAGUCUACGUGAUUCCCAUGAGUUGGGCAGGUGAAUCCGCAUCAGAAGUCAAAUUGAGCAUCGAUGAGACGCCAACAGUUCACGUCCUGAUUGGCGAUUUAAUGCCUGGCGUGCUGUACCAGUUCAAAAUUCACACCAUUUCCUACGGCCUGAUCAGUGAUAUCACACAAUUGACCACAAGAACCAAACCAUUGAUUCAAUCGGAAGUGUUUGUGGUGAACAACCUGCAAGAGCGCGAUAUGGUCACGCUGAGUUACACGCCAACGCCACAGACAUCUUCCAAAUUUGACCUCUAUCGCUUCUCUCUCGGCGACCCAGAUAUUCUCGAUAAGGAGAAAUUGGCCAACGACACAGAUCGCAAAGUCACAUUUACAGGACUUAUGCCGGGUCGUCUGUACAACAUCACCGUGUGGACUGUGAGCGGAGGUGUGGCGAGUCUUCCAAUUCAGCGACAGGAUCGCAUGUAUCCCGAGCCAAUCACCCAACUCAACGCCACUCGAGUGUCUGACACAGAAAUCACUCUCAAGUGGGACAUCCCAAAUGGCGAAUACAAUGCAUUUGAGGUGCAAUAUCUCACCAUUGACAAUAAUUAUGUACAAAAUCUCACUGUGCACGACAGUAUUACGAUAAAAGAUCUGAAACCCCAUCGCAAUUACACAUUCACGGUGGUUGUGCGCUCAGGCACAGAAUCCAGUGUAUUGCGCAACAGUCUUCCAGUGUCGGCCAGCUUCACCACCAAGGAAUCCGUACCCGGAAGAGUGGAUCGCUUUGAGCCGGUGGACAUUCAGCCGAGUGAAAUCACCUUUGAAUGGUCACUGCCGUCAAGUGAGCAGAAUGGCAUCAUUCGCCAAUUUUCCAUCACAUACGGCCUCGAGGGUUCACCGCACACUCAAGUGUUGGACUUCAAGCCGACAGAAUUCCACGGUGUACUGAAGAAUCUCCUCCCUGGCAAAUACUAUGUCUUCCGAAUACAAGCACAGACUGCAAUUGGAUACGGUCCAGAGACAAUUUGGAAGCAGAAAAUGCCCAUUUUGGCCCCACCUCAGCCAGCUAAUCAAGUGGUGCCAACUGAAGUGUACCGAAGCUCGUCGUCCAUUCAAAUACGCUUCCGCAAAAACUACUUCUCCGAUCAGAACGGCGCCGUCAUCAUGUACACCAUCAUUGUGGCUGAGGAUGACACAAAGAAUGCCUCCGGCUUGGAGAUGCCAUCAUGGCGUGAUGUGCAAUCGUACAGCAUUUGGCCACCUUAUCAAGUCAUCGAGCCAUAUUAUCCCUUCAAGAACAACUCCGUGGAGGACUUCACGAUUGGCGCUGAGAAUUGCGAUGUGAAACAGACGGGAUAUUGCAAUGGACAAUUGAAAUCGGGAAGAGUGUAUAGAGUCAAAGUGAGAGCAUUUACUGCACCAGAUAAAUUCACGGACACCGCCUACAGUUUUCCCAUUCAAACUGGCCUCUUGUCAGUGGAUCAAGAUAACACCUCAAUCAUAAUUGCCACUUCAGUGAGUCUGUGCUUAUUGAUCCUCAUCCUCGUGGCGGUGUUCUUCAUACGGAAACGAAGGAGCGGCACACGAAAGGCCACAAAAGAACCGCGCUCCAGUGACAAUAUGUCACUUCCGGACAGUGUCAUUGAAACCAAUCGCCCAAUUGAGAUAAAGAACUUCAUUGAGCACUAUCGCCGAAUGGCGGCAGAUUCAGAUUUUCGCUUCAGCGAGGAAUUUGAGGAGUUGAAGCACGUGGGACGCGAUCAACCAUGCACAUUUGCCGAUUUGCCAUGCAAUAGACCAAAGAAUCGCUUUACAAACAUUCUGCCAUACGACCACUCACGCUUCAAACUCCAGCCCGUGGACGACGAAGAGGGCUCAGACUACAUCAAUGCCAACUACGUGCCGGGUCACAACUCCCCGCGUGAGUUCAUCGUCACGCAAGGACCACUGCACAGCACGCGCGAUGACUUCUGGCGAAUGUGCUGGGAGAGCAAUUCACGCGCCAUCGUCAUGCUUACGCGAUGCAAUGAGAAAGGACGCGAGAAGUGCGACAGAUACUGGCCAAAUGACACCGUUCCCGUGUACUACGGCGACAUUCGGGUGCAGAUGAAGAAUGUCAGCAAUUAUCCCGAUUGGGUCAUCACGGAAUUCAACAUGAGUCGAGGCAAUCAAGAGCGAAGCAUUAUGCACUUCCACUUUACCACUUGGCCAGACUUUGGUGUGCCAAGUCUGCCUCAGACGCUGGCACGCUUCGUGAGAGCCUUCCGUGAAUACGUGGGACCCGAUCAGAAGCCCAUCGUCGUGCACUGCAGCGCUGGCGUUGGCCGUUCAGGCACCUUCAUCGCCCUCGAUCGCAUCCUUCAGCAGAUCGUCGUGUCCGAUUACGUGGACAUAUUUGGCAUUGUUUGGGCAAUGCGAAAAGAGAGAGUCUGGAUGGUGCAGACGGAGCAGCAGUACAUCUGCAUACAUCAGUGUUUGAAGGCUGUGCUGGAAGGGAAGGAGAAUGUCAUGUAUCCACCGCGUGAGAUGCACGACAAUCAGGGAUAUGAAGAUGACGAAGGAAUAGCAGAAUCAGGAAUGUAAUUCCUAGAAUUAUCAUCAAAAAUUACUUAAUUGAAUUCCGUGUCUACGUAAUUUCAAGUAAAAAAAAACAAGAAUCGCUUUGCAAAUCGUAUUUCGAAUGAUUUCCAACGUAAAAAAAGAAUUUUUUCUGAUAUUAUAAAGAAAAGUGACUAAUUGAGGAUUAUAUUGUGAAAGGAAGAAUAUUGUAAAUAUGUUUAGUGAAUAUUUUGAGAAAGAAAUAUUAUGUAAAUUAUGUACAUAAUUGAUAAGUAUUAUGCAGCUGAGAAUAAAGAAAAUGACCAAUCAUAUAUA